CCUCUGCUUCACACAGAGAGAGAGAGAGAGAAAGAGAAAGAGACAGAUAGAGAGAGAGAGGAAGAGAGAGUCUUAAAAGAAAGCUCCAAAUUUCCAUGGAUGUUUCGAUCUAUUAUGUCCUCCUCAGUUUCAAACAAAUCUCUUAGAAACAAACCCAUUUUCUUUUAUGAGUGGUUGCUUGUUUGGAGGGGAUUGAGGAUUUAGCACAUUGCCUAGGACAUAUAAUGUUGGUGCCUUGAGGUGGGGUUUCAUGGGUUGAACUCAAAGAAUAAUGGGAAGCUCUAGUGAAGAUGAAGAAAAUCGAUAUUUCGAUGCUCUAGAGGAUAUAGCAUCAACAUCAAAUGUUAGUCCUGUUGGCAAUGAGAUAUAUGAGUCUAAUUCUAGUGUUAACAUUCGAGUUUCGGAUGGUUUUCCUUAUGAUAUAUGGAUUCAGAGCCCGGGAAGUGUUAAGGAGCGUCGGAGCAAGUUUUUGGAUUGGAUGGGAAUGAGUUUGGAUCGCAAUGCACACAGGAAUUCACUAGAUGUAUGUAGGGAUGUACAGGAAGAAGUGGUUGAUAGGAUUAGAGAGAAUAGUGGGGCUGUGUUGAGGAACUCGCGUUUUGAAGAUGAGUUUUGUUCGGGUCGGUCUUCAAUGACUUGUUGGUCUGAAGGUGAUAUGGAUUCUUCUGAACCUUUUAUCUCAAAGGAGAACUUUGUAAGCCAAGAUGGGAAUAUCGAUAGAGAAGCAAGUUCAGACCAGUCAGGUAGGGCUGUAGAGUCUCGGAGCACUUUUGGGUUAGAGUCUCGGAGCACUUUUGGGUUAUCCCUCUCGUUUAAACGACUGAAAAAGAAGGAUGUUGAGGUGACUAACAACUUGGUGGGGUCUGUGAGGACACCUAAGAGGGGUUGGUUAAGUAGAUUGCGUUCCAUGACGUGUGUCGUUGAUAGUCAAGAUGAAGCUAAUCAACUGAGACCUGGUGAUGAUGAUGCAAUUCUACAGUCUAGGGUUCAGAGAGUUAAGGUCCGGCAAUCCAAGAAGCGGUUGAAAGAACUCUCUGCUCUUUAUAUGGGGCAAGAUAUCCAGGCACAUGAUGGUCCAAUUUUGGCAAUGAAAUUUAGUCCUGAUGGGCAGUAUCUUGCAAGUGCUGGUGAAGAUGGGAUUGUGCGAUUGUGGCAGGUGGUGGAGGAUGAGAGAUCUAAUGAACUUGACAUUCCAGAAAUAGACCCAUCCUGCUUAUAUUUCACAGUGAAUCAUCUUUCUGAAUUGAAACCCCUCUUUGCUGAUAAAGAGAAAAUGUGUAAAGUGAGCAGCCCGAGGAAAUCAUCAGACACAGCAUGCGUAGUUUUCCCCCCUAAAGUUUUCCGGAUUUUGGAGAAACCAUUGCACGAGUUCCGCGGGCACACUGGUGAUAUACUGGAUCUCUCAUGGUCUAGGAAUAACUAUCUGCUCUCAUCAUCAAUCGACCAUACGGUUCGUCUGUGGCAAGUGGGAUGUGAUCAUUGCCUCAAAGUGUUUACACAUAGUAAUUAUGUGACCUGCGUUCAGUUUAACCCUGUUGAUGAUAAUUACUUCAUCAGUGGUUCAAUAGAUGGAAAAGUUCGUAUUUGGGCUAUUCAUGGUUGUCAAGUUGUUGACUGGACUGAUGUAAGAGAAAUUGUCACUGCAGUGUGUUAUCGCCCUGAUGGGCAGAGGAGCAUUGUUGGCUCUAUGGAUGGAAUGUGCCGCUUUUACAAUAUAUCAGAUAAUCACUUGCAAUUUGAUACCCAAAUAUACUUACACAGUAAGAAGAAACCACCCUGCAAAAAGAUAACUGGCUUCCAGUUUUUUCCACAAGACUCUAGCAAAAUAAUGGUAACCUGUGCUGAUUCACAAGUCAGAAUUCUUGAUGGGCACAAUGUGAUUGGCAAAUACAAGGGCCUUCGCAAUGCGGGAAACAUUAUAUCUGCGUCUUUCACUUCAGAUGGGAAACAUAUUGUUUCAGCUUCUGAGGAUUCUAAUGUAUAUUUAUGGAACUGUAGUCAAGAAGAGUCUGCUCUCCCCCAACCCAAAAAUAUAAGAUCUUUUGAGCACUUCUCUAUGAAUGCAUCUGUGGCGAUACCUUGGUGUGGUCUGAAAUGUGGGAACUCAGAAAAUAGAAGGCAAUAUCAAGUCUUGGAUGAGAAUCUGGCAGAAACUCCAUCCUUCUCUUCACCUGCUUCUUUUGUGCUGAACCAAGAAUUCUUCUUAGAGUCUUUUCCCAAGGGAUCUGCAACUUGGCCAGAGGAGAAGCUUCCCACUUCAAGCCCAACGGCCAAGUCAACUACAUUAAAUAAAUCUCAAUACAAGUUUCUGAAAAAUUCUUGCCAGAAUAUACCCAGUUCUCAUGUGUGGGGUCUGGUUAUUGUGACUGCAGGCUGGGAUGGACGGAUCAAGUCAUUCCACAAUUAUGGGUUACCAGUAUCUGUCUAAAAUCCUAGUGGCUUGGCAGAGGGUUUCCACUUUCCAGAGAAUCAUAAUUCUGAUAGCUUUGAUUGGGCGCUAAAUAAGACCCUUCUUUGACUACCACAUGCUGCAUAUCUAAUGUUGGGAAAGUGGACAAGUGACUUUAUGCUUGGUAGUAUCAAGUGUCACAACAGGUUCUGUUUUGAACAUUUGGUAGGCAUGUGUAGCAAGGAUGAUUUUGAGAAUUUUGUGUUUUUCCAGAGGGCCCCUUCUCAGAUAUCAGGUGUUCUAUUGCGGAUUUAGUUCAUGACAGGUGGCACCAGUUCCAUGGUUGCAAUAUAUAACCUCACCUGUAAUCAGCAAAUGGCUGAGGUGCUUAUCUGGUUACUUUGCUCAAUUUUGCUACCUGAUUUGUUAGUCUCAGAAGUUUUGUCUGCCGGCCCAGCAAAAAGGUGUGAAGUCGUGUUAGGAAGGCCAAUUUGAGAUGUUUAUCUAUGUAUAAUGCAGCAGGUGCCUGUGGGGCCUUGUAUAACCAUUUUCUUUUGUUCUCUAAAAUACAAGGAGGAUUCCAGAGCUGGUGGUUGGAGUUCAUUUGAGAAAAAAAAUGGUGGGGAACUUGGCCACGAUAAUAUCUUAUAGCUGCUUUCAAUGAUUGAAUUGCUUGUCUGCCAUUUACAAUCACUCUCAUGGUAGGGCCAGUCACAACCGGAGCUGGUGGUGGGAGUGCAUGGCCGGCCAUUUUUUGCAAAUUGGAUUUACAAUUGCUGACCCAAGUGCUUGAAUGUAAUACAUCGAUGCUUGGUUUCGUAGGACAUAUCAGUCUAACUUGUCACUCUGCUUGAAUGGUGUUUGCCUCUGUUGUUUUGCUAACAGAACUUGCAGAUGUUACUCUCAAUUUUUUAGCCUAACCCCCACCUUGCCAGUGGUAUUUAUAAGCUCAAAUAAAAUUGCCUUUUGAGUUUAGUAUGGCAUAUAUGUAACUGUAAUUUCCUCGUGUACAUAGAACUUUUUCAGUAGUUCUUUACAUGUUUACACUUGUAGCAUAAUGGUUAAAAAGUAAUAAAAAAGUAAAAAGAAACAAGAAUAUUGGUUUUGCA